AUUCAAUAAAUGACUGGAAGCAGUAGCCUCGUGCUCCAUAAUACUUUUCAUGGCUCCAUACGGUAGAUCUGAUCAAGAAAAGGUGAAAGAUUAAGCUUGUAACUUUUGAUCAUAGACGAAUAUGAGAUAUGGGUCGUGGAGUUAGCAGCGGUGGAGGGCAGAGUUCAUUGGGUUACUUGUUUGGUAGCGGUGAGGCUCCAAAACCAGUAGUGGGGAAAGCACAAGCUGCACCGAGUGAGAGUAUGGUUGCUAGUAAAGAACCUUCGCCAAAGCCUAAUGCCGCUCCUAAGCCAGUAGACGUUAGCAAGCAGAUUCCUGCAGGGAUUCAUAGUAGCACCACCAACAACUACGUCAGAGCAGAUGGUCAGAGUACUUGCAAUUUUAUCACGAUUUUGCAUCUUCAAUUCCAAAGUUUGGGGACACAACAGAUUGAAGAAGAGCCUCAGCGCCGCACAUAUUGGUGCGCUUCAGCGUGGCUUUGGCUUGAGGCGCGGGAGAUGAUAGGGGGUGGUCGAGUGAAACUCAAGGGAUGGCAGCAAGCUGCUGUUGCAGUUGGAUCAGCUGUUGGAGCGUUGUUGGAUCCGCGAAGAGCUGAUUUGAUAGCUGCUCUUGGGGAGACCACUGGAAAGCCCGCAUUUCAAAGGGUUCUUGAGAGAAUGAAGACAAGUCCAGAAGGGAGGGCUGUACUACUGGAGCGCCCUCGUGUCAUCUCUGCUAACGUAGGGCAUGCAUGGGACCUUCCGCCAAACACAUUUGGUGCGGCAUAUGCUAAGUUUAUGGGAUCCAGGAACUUCUCUCCUGAUGACAGGCCACCUGUCAGGUUCAUGGAAACAGAAGAAAUAGCCUAUGUUGCAACACGCGCUCGUGAAGUGCACGACUUCUGGCACACCCUGUUUGACCUACCUACCAAUUUGAUUGGCGAAUCAGCAUUGAAGGUCAUAGAAUUUGAGCAAAUGCUUCUCCCCAUGUGCGCCCUAUCGGUUGCAGGGGGGACUGCCCGAUUCAGCCAAAGUCAGAGGAAUUUGUUCUACCAGCAUUACUUCCCUUGGGCUCUCCGUGCAGGCGUGAGAUGCACUGAUGUGAUGUGUGUGUAUUAUGAGCGCCAUUUUGAUGAGGACUUGGAAGAAGUUCGUCGGAGAUGGGGAAUUGUUCCUGCCCCUCCUCCCCCGCUACAUGCAGCCUGAAAUCAACACGUAGUUCUUUCCCCUUAAGAAUAAAGCAGAGAGCUUUUCUUUCUCUUUACAAUGUGAUAGUAGCCUUUCUGAUCUUGUAUCAUAAUUAUACUGGCUUAUUUUUGUAAUAGGAUCUGUUUUUUUAGGAGCUUUUCUUUUUCCAAACAGCAAAGAGUAAUAAUACCCUGUUCCAGUAUGAAAAA